GCUGUAGUUAAUGCUUGUGGUUAGGAAACCACUGACACGUUUUUUCGAUGUAAAUCGACUCUAUCUAAUUGAGAAGGCUUUUGUCUUAGCCACACUGAAGUUCUUGGAAAGGUAAGUAAAGGCCACACCCACAUGGCACUUGGCCUUAGCUUCUUAUGACAAGUGGUAUUUUGCAAAGUCAGGGAGGGCUCUACGUGCAUGUAUAUACUGCAUGUGUUGGUGAUAGACUAAUAAUAAACACUGUAGGCAAGCCAGGUUUCAUUUUGCAAUAAUAAAGGCCUACUAGAUACAUUCUGUCUUGAUACCCAUAACAUAAUUUCAUUUCACUGAAUAAAUAUGUAUUUUCUGUCACAUUUAUACAGGUAAGAGAGCAGUGCUGCAGUUAUACGCGCUCGCCAAAUGUAUUUGGUGACUUCAUCGCUUAGGGACCGGAUUGGUGGAGUUCAGCCAAAUCAGAUCAUGCACACGUGACCAGCCUUUCUCAGAAUGUUCCUGGAAAGUGUAGCGCUGCCCGAACACAAGGAAAACAUUGUUUAAAAUGGCUUACACGGACAGCGAUAACUCCUAUCAAUAUUACAGAGGAUAUGUGACAACGGAAAUAUAAAUCUGUUUUGGGUAGUGCGUAUAUGACUAACGAUUCCAUUGUUAACAGAUUAACGAAAUUGCCAAUCUCUUUCAUAUGCGAACUAUUAGGUUACAUAUCUAUUAUUUCGCUUGCCUCGACUAUGCGAAGUUUGAAAAAACGAUCGACUGGGCUAGGACUGGUCGACCUUAUAUCCUUCUGCACUUCCACGCCUUAUCGUUCUCAAGCCAAAAGAUGCACUCCACCCCAGUCGCACAUUUACGUGAUUCUGUAACGAACCGAGAGCAAAUGACUUGCCUGAGAGAAGAAAACCAGAUGCUUUGACUUGUUUUUAACAGACUACUUCACAAAAUAUUUUUCAUCGUAUGUCGAGAAACUCAAAGCUUACUUAUAAAACACAAUUGUGAGACAUAAUCGGUAAAAGGAUACACCUCCGAAAGGUUUUAAAGUCACAAGCAGUGAUUUGGUUUAUUUCGAGGAGUCAAGGAAUUGAAUAGAUUUUGGAUGGGGCAUACACAAUGCGUGAGUAAGUCCGCCGAGACUGAACCAGCGACGCGUUGGAGAGACUGGCGAAGGAAGCUCAGACCCUUUGCCCGACAAACAUUGGGACGCAGAGGUGUAUCAUCACCAACGGCUCUUAUGAUUAUUCCAAACUCAGCAUCCGAUGAGUCCUUAACAGCCGUGCGGCCAAAAAAUCAACUGGAGCGUCGCCAACUUGAACCAACCGUGGAUGCCGAGGGAUUUGAGAAAGCAAUGCUGCACUUGAACGACUCCGGCUGGUACUGGGGAUCUCUAACCGCUGCAGAGGCAAAGCAAGUUCUUGAUGAAGCCCUUGAAGGCACUUUCUUGUUGCGAAAGAGCUCUAACCCUGCCUACCUGCUUACCCUUUCUGUAAGGACCAGUGUCGGACCCACACACCUGCGCAUUGAGUAUGUGAAUGGAAAUUUUGGCUUUGACUCAGUGGCAAUGGCUCGUCCUCAGCUUAAGCAGUUCAAAGGUGCUGUGGAACUGGUGCAGCACUAUGCCCUGGCUUACCAGAGGACAGCCAACCCCAAAGAGGAGACAAGGCCUGCUGAGGAGGCAGAGGAGAAUGCCUUGCCAGUGGCAUCUGAGACCUUGCAACUCAAGCUCACCAGACCUCUCCACAAAAAGCCUAGCAGUCUCCAACAUCUUUGCCGUAAGGCCAUUAACCAAUAUUCACACAGUCACAAGGACUUGCCCCUGCCUGAAAGGUUAAAGGAUUUCCUUUUGGAGUAUCCAUUUCUGUUGUAGGACCACAAACCAUUGGCAGCCCUCAGAAAAUGGCCUUGAUGCCUCAAACAAAUCAGGUUUGUCAGAACCAUUAUUUCUGUACAAAUAGGAGUGCUCUUGGUGGUUUGUUUAAAACAAAAAAAGGCUAACUGCAAAUUCUUCAUUUAUGUCUUGUUAGAUCCCUAUUGCUCAGAGUGGUUCAGUGCUACUGUCAGUAUAAUGAACAAUGCUUGACCAAUAGGAGUACUCAUAGUGUAGUUAACCACAUUGCAGUUUACUGCAUUUACUUAUUGCAGAUACCAAAAGUAUGUACACUUUACUACCGACCUGAAGUGAAAGAUUAUGAUUUGCCAUCUGACAUACAUGUUCAUAAGACAGUUAUAUCUGUAUUGUAGCCUACCAGUACUGGACCAUAGUUGCAGUGUUCAUGCAAAACAAUUAAGCAGUAAUUUAGAUUAGGGUAGAGAUGAUUAGCUAGUCAUCAUUAGUUGCAUACACAGUUUCAGAAUGGACUGAAUUUCUUAAUGUGAUGGUUUCAGAGCAAAACUGUAUUAAAGGUACAGUCCGUGAUUCUAAUCCCACACAUUUUUUUCAAGUUCUGUGAAUUGCUUCUCACAGUCCUCCAGCUGUCUGUCCAAUGUUUGUGCUCAAAAAAUCUCUGGUGCUCAUACACACUUCUGGCUCUGUAAAUGGGAAAAUAAACAUAGUUGUCCGGACCAAGCCAUAAACAAUCCCAGCCAAUCAACACAGUGCUUCAGGUGCAUGAAAGGAGGGGUGUCAUUUAAUUGGCUGUUGAAAUAUCAGCAACCUUUUGCAAAAUCAAGACUGAAUCAUGGUCUGUAUCUUUAAAUGCUCAAAAUGAUUUUGCAUCAAACAUAACAUGACUUAUACACACAAGAGAACUUCGAAUAGUUCUGCUCUGACUGAAUGCAAACUCCAAUACAGCAGUGAUCUGAUACCUACUUAUGAACAAUAGUGUAUGUGUGACAAUAUUAAGAUUGCAAGGUCGUAGUCUCCAUUUCACCUGUUGGUAUAUGAGCUGGGAAAAAAACAUUUGAAUAAAACAAGAAUCCUUGAUAUGAAUGCCUAUCAUUGAGAUGUGUUUCCAACCAGUACACAAUAUAAUGAUAUCAACUUCAGUUCUAUGUAGAUUUGUACGAACUGUGAUCAGACUUGUGUAGAAGGGAGUGCAGGUAUCAAAUCAGUGCACGCUCGGAAUGUUCAUGAUGUGGGUUAAGGUCAAAGGUGGUGUCUUGUCAUGCUUCCAGAUUUGAACUUUGACGGCCUGUCCUGGUGUUAAGUAUCCCGCUCCUGAAGUAGCCAAAGACAGAUGGUUUGGUAGACCAAUCCUGAGUGUUAUCAGUUGAGAGUUUGAAGAGACUCAACUUUCUCUCUUAACUUGUGUUGUACUGUCUUCAACAUGAGUUUUUGUUUGAGAAAUUAUUUUAAGAAUUGUCAUAAUUUUUGUCAUUACCUUUUUCUGAUAGAUUUGCCUUAAAAUGGUAAGCUACCAAGAUCCUUAAGGAAUCAUUGAGUUAAAAUUAUGAGAAGGUAAAGUAAGAAGGUUGUAUUCAACUGCACAGUUUUUUACAACUCUCUUUUGCUUUUGACAUUUUUGAAAAACCUGAAAUGUUCUUGUACAGUUAUAUUCAUCACACAUUUGCAUCGCUUGGGCAUGAACGAUUGACCUAGUGAGAUUGAUGUGUAUCAUAGUAACUUCUUAUGUAUAUUACUAGAUGCAAUUGGUCAUACAACCAUGGAUGUUUUCAGUAAGUGGGCAUUGGAGACAUUUUACAAAUGUGAAACGACUACAUACCGAAAGAAGAAUGACCAACAGGCCACAAACAAUCAAACUGUAAAUGAAGUGCCUCUGAAAUACGCUGAUGUGCAGCUCAUUAAAUAAACCUGACGUCUGUCAGAUAGAUUCUUUGGAA